AUGAUAAGAAUACCACCACCGCAUCCGCUGUUGCUGCCACCGCAUCUUGGUGCCACCUUUCCGGGCCUUUCUUCGUUCGCAUCUCAUCUGGCCGGUCUGAACGGCCUCACUCAUCAGCACCUGAACCAUCUAACGAGACUGACCCAGGAACAGGGCAACAGGCAUAUGUCUGCCUCGCCCAUGUCCUCGCCAGGCUUAGACGAUCGUAAAGAGGAGGCUAGGUGCACCAUACCCGGUUGCGAGCGUGUUUUUGGCUCCAGGGCCGUGCGGGACGCGCAUUCCAGGGAUCCCCAGGCCCACCGCGAUUUGCCGAUCCUAUCCACCAGCAGCGGCUCGUGA